AUGUAUAGGCCGGACCAUGUCUUCGUCAUCCUGUGCGCUGUGUUCUUCACUGGGCAAGUAACCGCUGUUCCUGCUGGGACCGGUAUCACCCAUCCACAUUCACCACAAUUAGGCCCCUUCGAGCCCGUAGGCUUCGCAUCACAAACCCAAACCCAACUCGCACCCUCUCGAGGUCCAUUUACCUGGUUACGAGACUCCGUUAUCGAACGAAUAUGGGGCAUUGACAAAGAAAAGCAGUCCCUCAGUAAGCCGGGACCACGACCUGUGCCAGAAAAGUCAUGGAGUCGAUACGGGAGCGAUAUCGUUUUGCGCAUUGAAGUGCACAACGCAGAGGAAGUUGAGGCUUUGGCAGAAGCCGUGAAUAUUCUCUUUUUGGAUGUUUGGGAUUCAAAUGAGAAUUAUGUAGAUAUUCGACUGGCAAAAGAAGUGGUUCCUUCGUUGCUCGGCCUGCUUCCACAAUCUCUUCAAAAAACGCAUACCUUACUCAUCGAAGACCUUUCAAAAAUGAUUUACGAAUCACAAUACCCAUCCCGCGGUUUCAAGCACCAUAAGAACGAUCAGACCACUCGCCAUACAGGCUUUCAAUCAUCCGACGUGGGAGAUUUGUUCUUCGACAACUAUCAGCCAUUCCCCGUUAUUCUGCAGUGGAUGCGCUUACUUGUGUCCAUGUUUCCAUCGCAUGUACAAUUAAUCAAUGUCGGAGUUACUCAUGAAGGCCGAGAUAUCCCGGCCUUUCGACUUGGAGCACGUCCGUCUGGUGAUCAAAACGAGGAACCCCGGAAGACAGUCAUGAUUGUGGGAGGAUCGCAUGCACGUGAAUGGAUUAGUACGUCGACAGUGGCCUACAUUGCCUUUCAAUUGAUCACGGAAUUUGGGAACUCCCCUCCUAUUACAAAGCUACUGGAAGACUUUGAUUGGAUUCUUGUUCCUACCAUCAAUCCUGAUGGAUAUGUUUAUUCAUGGGAUAUGGAUCGUCUUUGGCGCAAAAACAGACAGCAGACUGGUCUUCCUUUUUGUCCAGGGAUAGAUCUCGAUCGUUCCUGGGGUUAUGAGUGGGAUGGUCAAGGGACACGUGCAAAUCCUUGUUCCGAAAGUUAUGCCGGCAACAACGCUUUCGACAGCAUGGAAACCAGGACCAUCGCCGAGUGGGCCUACAACCAAACACAGAACAAGCAAAGUGACUUUGUUGGUUUUCUGGAUCUUCACUCCUAUUCUCAGCAAAUUCUCUAUCCUUACUCAUAUUCCUGCUCAACCGUACCACCGACAUUAGAGAAUCUGGAGGAAUUGGCAUUCGGUAUUGCCAAAGCGAUUAGAAUGACCAACCAAGAAACUUACGUAGUCAAAUCAGCAUGCGAAGGAGUCGUGACGACUGAGAAAGGAACCGGCCAACGAAUCUCGACCAAUGUCGAAAGUACAGGCGGCAGUGCGCUGGACUGGUUCUAUCAUCAGCUCCAUGCCAAAUACUCAUACCAGAUCAAGCUACGCGACAAGGGGAUGUAUGGCUUUCUCCUUCCGCCAGAGAACAUUGUGCCCACCGGCCGAGAGAUCUUCAACUCUGUUUUGGUGUUGGGUCAUUUCUUAUUAGGCGAAGGAGCGAAUGGCUUGGAAUGGUCCUUUCUUUCAGGCUCUGGAUCAGCAGCUGGGAAAGAAGACGAUUCAUCUCGCACAUUUGAUCGCUUAUUCUUCGACAACAACGAAGAACAGCUAGAAAAAUCGGCUGAUGACCGUGACUAUUUUUCGGUGGUAGAAGAAGAUGUAUAUCAGGAUGAGGGCUGGGGGCUGUGGUAA